GUUAGUAGUAUGAGUCAGUUUUAUUUAUCCGCAAAAGUUAAAGAUAUUUUCUCUACCGCAAAACAUAACAGUUAAUAUUAAUUGCAUUUAUCCAGUUUGUUCUAUACUUUGUGUGUCAAAUCUCAGAGUUGCAUUUCAUAAAAGGUUUGAGUAUAGAUAACGACAUAGGAAAGUAAAAUGGAAAAUUUAAUCUGGACGGUAAAAAAUGGUGAACUUGACGAUUUGAAAUCAAUUGUUGACUCACAGAACAUUCAAAUCAAUCAAGAUAUUAAUGGAAGAACGCUUCUUCAUUACGCAGCUGACUAUGGUCAAAGCGAUGUCGUUAGUUACUUGAUCUCAAAAGGUGCAGAUGCACUUGAUAAACAUGGAAUAUCUGCACUACUUGCUGCUAUCUGGGAAGGGCACACAAACUGUGUUAAAAUUUUGAUCAACAGCGGCGCCUCCCGAACUGGAACUGCGCCUGAUGGGACAAGUUAUGUUGAUGCAGCUGAAAAGCCUGAGAUAAAAGCACUUUUAGGUGCAUAAGAAAAGCUCAAUUUUUAAAGGAAUUUCCUCCGAAAAUAUCCUUAACUUUACUUAACAUUUAAAUGGAAUAACAAUGACGAUGACUCAAUAUACUGCAACGUGUCUCAAUUAUUUUGCUUUAAAUUAUAACUUUCAUUCUUUCUUUUUCCUAAAGAGCAAUGGACAGAAGUGAUAUAGAAAUUAAUGUUCUCCAUUUCGAUUGUAAUUUUUCGAUGUUCUUGUCAAUUUUUUGAAAACUGUAAUACUAUCCAAAGUUUAAAUAUUUAAGUAGAUAUUUCGAAAGUAAACAAAAAACUACAACAUUUUUAACAGUUUAACAAGAAUUAUCAGACACGCAUUUACUUCCUUUUCAUAAUAUUUUUGUUUGACAUAUUGAAUGAUUGUGGAAUUUUUCUGAAACAUAUAAAAAUAAUUAAUCGAAUUUUAAAAAUCAAAUUAACAAGCAUCGAAAGAGUAAUAAGAUAUUUUAAUAAAAUGGAAGAAGUUUUUGAAACCACAA